AAUCAUUCAUUAAUCAUUGUGAUCUGUAUUUGUUGAUCCAAUUUGUAUCAACACCGUGAUCGAAGAUUCUUCCAUGUCAGCAUUGUCCAAUAUGUCCGCAGCAGAAUUGCCAUCGUCAUGGCAUGCAGGGCCUGAAGAUUCGUUCCAUGGAAAGAUCACGCCUGAGGGACCCUUCGAACCAGAGCAAGGCCGCUACCAUCUCUACGUCGGCUUAUUUUGUCCCUUUGCUCACCGCGCCAAUAUCAUUUUCCAGCUGAAGCAAUUGCAGAAAUACGCGGAGAUCGAGACCAGCACCAAACCAUACCCUAAAGGGGACGAAAAUGGCUGGCCCGGUUGGCAAUUUAACGUCAAGAACGCUGUCCCAUAUGAAGGUGCGACAGAAGACAAGCUUUACGGAAGCAAGUACAUGCAUGACCUCUACUUUAAGGCGGACAAAGACUACAAAGGAAGAUACAGUGUUCCCGUUCUUUGGGACAAAAAGCUCAACACCAUCGUGAACAACGAAUCGACGGAGUUGCUGCGGGACUUGCAGACUGCCUUCAACGACCUCAUCCUGACAGAAUUACAAUCAAUCUCACUAUACCCAGAACCACUCCGAGCAGAAAUUGAUGCACUAAACGACCAGCUCCAAGGUACUCUCAACACGGGCGUCUACAAAGUCGGCUUCGCCCCAGACCAAGCAUCAUACGAUAAAGCCAUCCCCGCCGUCUUCGCUUCGCUGAACAAACUCGAGCGUCUAGCAUCCAAGAACGGUGGUCCCUACCUCCUUGGUCCCCACCUGACGGAAGUCGACGUCCGGACCUACGUCACAUUGAUCCGCUUCGAUGUCGUCUAUGUCCAGCACUUCAAAUGCAAUCUCGGCAUGUUGCGGUAUUCGUAUCCGGUGCUGUAUAAUUGGCUGAAAGGCUUGUAUUGGGACCAUGGCGCUUUCAGAGAGACGACGAAUUUCAGACAUAUCAAGGAGAAUUACACUAAGAGUCACUGUGAUAUUAAUCCUAAGGCAAUUACGCCGCUGGGUCCCUGGCCGGAUAUCGAUCGGCGUGUUGAGAAGGAUUGGACCAAGAUUGCGCCUGGGAGGAUUGAUAUGCCGAUAGUGAUGGAGUUUGAGAAAACGCUGCGCUGAUGGUCCGCCAAAAGUUAUCCUCAUCAUCCAGACCUCACAUUCAAUGACGUGCCUCACUUUUCCUGCUUCAUCUCGGUUCUUAUAUAUCUUGUCACAGUUGUUUACAGGCACGACUGAACAUAAUCCUUCUGGCAGGUACCAUUUGUCUCUUAUAUAGCAAGACAUCCAAGCUCGCCCGUUCGCAGUGCUUCAUCCCAAACGACAAACUCAAUCCCAAUCCCAUCGAAUGCGGGGACUGGUCUCAAAAUAAAGUGAAACAUGCUGGGACUAGUCAGCCACUAUCGGAGGCGCCAUGCGCUGUAGGUAUGCGAGAUGACAACGAAUUUGGUCGGAACGUUGGGUAUUUCAACGGCGGUUGUCAUGAAGCCGAAGCAGAAAUUCAAAAAGAAAAUAGUGUUG